CGCCGCGGUUUGUUUUGAUCUGCUGAUUGUUCAGUGAUCUCAUCACCAUCAGUCUCUAGAGUGGAAACCACGACAACAACACUAACAAACUGGUAACCAGCCUUUAACACAUGACAGAAAAAGCUAUAAAUCGAGAUUUAAAACGUUUUGACGAAGCCAUUCUUAUGCUCGUUACUACAGUUCUUCAUGCCAAAAUAAAUAAAAAAUCUUAUGGAGAUUUGUUUUGCUCGUCUGUAACCCAAAAUUUCGUAAGCAGCUGGAUCUGAAGAAUAGGUUGCAUAAUGCUUGAUUUAGCACAUAUCCGCCGCAGAGGGGCUCAAGACUUUGAAGGCUACUAUGAUCACAUCUGCGCCUCUCAGGGGUCAGCUCCCUGCCGCGUUGUGAAAACUGGCCUGUCCCGGGGGAUGUUGGACUUUCAUGCUGAUCACAUCAGUUUAGCAGAUUGGGCACCCAUCCUGUCUGCUCUCUCCAUCAAUAAAGACCUGCAGCAUGUGUCCAUCAGAAGCUGCCAUCUCACCAACCUAGUAGCCCAAAGUUCCUACAGAGCCCGUAGUGGCAAGAAGACCCCUGCAAUUCAUUCAAAGAAUAUGACACUACAGUUGUGUAAAGCUGUGCAAAAGUGUCUGUGUGGGUCAAGCGGCCUAAAAACUUUACAGCUACAUGGUCUACCAUUGCGAGAGAGGGAUCUUACAGCUCUCACAAAGGGUUUAGCUAAGAGCGUGUCACUGGAGCAUCUCUCUUUAGCACACUGCCCAAUUGCAGAUGCAGGUUUGGAAGUCAUCUGUCAGAGUGUAAAGUACUCCUCAACCAUCAAGACUGUGGAUUUCACUUCCUGUAAUAUUACAUGGCAGGGGGCGGAGCACAUGGCAAACAUUAUAAAGAACCAGGCAAUGAGGCGGCAUAGCACGGCGUGGGUGGAGACUUUGCGCUACAGAAGGGCGGAGUUUGAGGCCAUGAAUGGUCUGCGCAGAGUUACUCUCAAUGACAACAUAUUGAUCGGGGACAAAGGAGUGACAGCACUUGGUCGUGAGCUUACAGAGGACCUGUGGGUCAAAGCGGUGGACCUUCAGCGCUGUGGGAUCUCAAACGUUGCAGCUCGCGUUUUAGAGCAAAUGCUUCAGUCAAACAGCACUCUGUGUGUGCUAGACAUCAGGAGAAACCCACUGAUCGAUAAUAAUCUGGUAAAGGCCAUCAUCAAAAAAGUUCUUAUGAACAACACCAAAAGUCAAGACUCACAGUUUCUUUGGCUGAAACCACCCUCCUCUAAAGAUUCGCCCGAUCAAUCACGCCAGUCAAGGAGAAAAAACGCUGGAAAAGCUACAUAUAGAAUCGGAUCACGUCGAUCCUCAUUUAACUCUGGCUGGAGGCCUCGUCCAGGAUCUGUCGGGUACAUCCCAUGGCGCACUGCGGCACGGGCCGGCUUACAGAGAGGUGCAUCACAGACCGAGGAGAUGGCAGAUCAGAGUUUUCAAAACGCCACAUCUGUGCGGGUAACCGUGGAGACGGAGUCCGAGUCGGAGGAUGCGUACAGUGUACCUGUGGGGAGUCCUCAUGAGAAGAUCACAAGCUGCCAGUUUAAACGAUUACAAACAGAAAACAACCGAUUACAGGUGGAGCUAGAAGAGUUUCGGCUCAGGCUCGCAGAGGAAAGGAACGCCAGGCUGAAAGCCAACUCUCGUCUGGUGGAGCUGGAACUGGAGAACGAGCGUUUGCGCAGUGUGAAUGUCUCUCUGUCUGAAGCCCAUCUCAGCACCUCUGUUCUUGAUGAUGAACGUGUGCUGGAGAGCAUCGAGUCAUCUUUCCACAAAUUCCACGCAUUCCUGGACCUACUGAAAGAUGCCGGGUUGGGGCAGUUUGCAUCUAUAGCUGGAAUUGACCAAUCAGACUUUGGAUUACUUGGGAAUCCUCAGCUUUCUUCAACAGAGAGAAGGGGCCAAGGGGACCAGGCAAGGGAGGAGGGGAGGAGGGAGAGUAAAGCAGCGAUGGACAUCCCUGAACCCGUAUCUGGGACUCCGUCAGGACCUCCUCCUAUUAAUGUAGAUGUUUCUCAAACACAGCCACCACAAGAAGUGCCCUCGAUUCCGGUCAGCGUGCGUCGUGCCUCUCCCGUCCUGCAGGAGGCGCUUGACUUUGACACACACCACUCGAACCCUCACAGGGCCAGCGGAGGCUCUCGAUCGGGGAGUUCAGUCAGCAGUGCCAGUAUUCAGUCUAAAAGCAUAAGGUCCAACAGGUCAAAUGGGUCUGAGAGGAGAGUGUUCUCAGCUGUUGGUUCAAGAGCAUCUAGUCUAUCGCAGCUGGCUUCAGGCAGACAAAGUGAUUCAGGGAGCCAGAAAAGCUCUACUGGAUUGGUUGGGUUUUAACCAGAUCAGAUUCAUAUGUCCUGGUUCACGUAAUUUUUAGAUGUGUUUUGGUGUUUGGUUGCAGUCGUUGCCUUUUUUACCUGUUUGUUAUAAGAGACAUUAUAAGACUGGUGUCUAAAGAACAUGACCUGUUAUUUUGUUAGAUUAGAUUGGCGUUUGAAAGUUGGCUGACUACCUUGCAACCACAGACAAAGUACAGGAUGGGUCAUCUCUGUGUUACUCGCUUUGUCCACACAGUUUUUUUAGUAAUGUUGUUUGAGUUUUAUAGUCCGGUGCUUCAUAACACUGUCCCGACACACCACAGGACUCCACAUGUUGGAUUUAUUGAACUGAUGAUGCGGUUGUGUUAGAAACGGCAGACCUCUCAAAAGUGAAAGGGACUGUUUCAGGACUGGAGAUGAUUGACCAUGAAGUUUGUUUUGUAGUGUUUGACACUAAAGUUAUUACUUUUUUUAAUUAUAACUGUAAUUUUAUAAGUUUAAGAUAAUUUAUGUGAUUUUUUUAAGUGUGUAAAAAUAAUAGAAUCAAAUUGAAAUUUGCUGUCUGAGACUUUAGACUUUAAAUAAUAUUUUCUUGAAAAUAAACUCACUUUGUACUUUGUGUUACAGUGA